AUGAAGCUUGAUAGACUGAGUUCACCGAGAAGAUCAUGCCUUCUACAGGUUAUAAUUGGCAUUUCUACAAAAGUUGGCCCAAGAAGAACGCCGGAGGAACUUCACAUCGGGACCACCCUACAAUGGAAUGACCAGGGGGAGAGGCUCUCCGAGUUCAUCAUGACGACUAAGACCAUCCACGGGAACUCGCAAUUCCAGAAGCCCUCCUCUCUACGCUGGACGUGGGAGUCACCUGGUGGAGGGUACCGUAAUGAAAUAGACCACAUCAUCGUCAAUAAAAGGUUCUGCAAGACGGACGUCGCUGUUGUACCAAAGUUCUAUACGGGAUCGGACCAUCGCUUCCUCCGAGGAAGAUUUUCCUUCACAAGGAGAGCAGAGAAAGAAAUCCCAGGACUAUCAUCAACCGGGAUCUCUUUGCUACACGCCUUUGGAAAAAUUCCGCAAUGGACAACAUCGACGAGGAAUAUGACCGGCUUGUUGAACACCUUCACGACUGCGCGAAGAAGGCUGAGAGUUUUAAAACCACCAAGAGGCGCCUACCUCUUGAAACUCUUGAGCUGA